AUGAGAGCACUCGUGGUCCUGGGGGCCACCCUGGCUGUGGUCUGCACUGCGGUUUUCUUCCCUUCCGUCUUGAGAGGAAAGGACCUCCUUUGGGGGAAGACUGAAGAAUCUCAUGUUAUCAGCAUUUUGGAGGAGAGCAAGCUCAUGGUGGACAAUGCCAUCUACAAUACAAUGAAAAGAAACCUCAACAAAAGGGAGAUCGUUUCUCCAUCGCAACUUCUGUCUUUUUCCAAGCUCCCUGAGCCAACAAGCCAAGCUGUUUCCCGAGCGGCGGAGAUAAUGGAAGCCUCAGUGCAGGCGAUGAAAAGGAGAGGUUACCUGAAACUUAAACCUCCAACAGAUAUUUUAUCAGAAGAUCUCCUGAACACAAUUGCGAAUAUGUCCGGAUGCCUGCCUUACAUGCUGCCCCCCAAAUGUCCACACACUUGCCUGGCAAACAAAUACAGGCUCAUCACAGGAGCCUGCAACAACAGAGACCAUCCCAGGUGGGGAGCCUCCAACACAGCCCUGGCAAGGUGGCUGCCUCCCACCUAUGAAGACGGCAUCAGUGAGCCCAGAGGCUGGAACCCCCACUUCCUGUACAACGGGUUUCCACUGCCCCCGGUCCGGGAGGUGACAAGACAAGUUAUUCAAGUUUCCAACGAGGCUGUGACAGAGGAUGACCAGUACUCUGACCUCCUGGUGGUGUGGGGGCAGUACAUCGACCACGACAUUGCGCUCACGCCCCAGAGCACCAGCAGAGCUGCAUUCGGGGGAGGAGCCGAUUGCCAGCUGACCUGCCAGAACCAAAGCCCGUGUUUUCCCAUCCAGCUCCCCGCCGACGCCUCGCUGACCUCGGGCCCCGCCUGUCUGCCCUUCUACCGCUCGUCCGCCGCCUGCGGCACCGGGACCCAAGGCACCUUCUUUGGCAAUCUGUCCACGGCCAACCCGCGACAGCAGAUGAACGGGUUUACCUCUUUCCUCGACGCGUCCACCGUGUACGGCAGCUCCCCGGCCUCGGAGAAGCAGCUGCGGAACUGGACGAGCGCCGAGGGGCUGCUGCGGGUCAACACGCGCCACCAGGACGCGGGCCGUGCGUACCUGCCCUUCGUGUCUCCGCCCGCACCCUGGGCCUGCGCGCCCGAGCCCGGCGCCGACCCCGCGGCCCGUGCGCCCUGUUUCCUGGCGGGGGAUGGCCGCGCCAGCGAGGUCCCCUCCUUGGCAGCCGUGCACACGCUGUGGCUGCGAGAGCACAACCGCCUGGCCGCGGCGCUCAAGGCCCUCAACGCGCACUGGAGCGCCGACACGGCCUACCAGGAGGCGCGCAAGGUCGUGGGCGCCCUGCACCAGAUCAUCACGAUGCGGGACUACGUGCCCCGCAUCCUGGGCCCCGAGGCCUUCCGGCAGCACGUGGGCCCCUACACAGGCUAUGACCCCACCGUGGACCCCACCGUGUCCAACGUGUUCUCCACGGCCGCCUUCCGCUUCGGCCACGCCACGGUCCACCCGCUGGUGCGGCGGCUGGACGCGCGUUUCCAGGAGCACCCGGCGCUGCCCAGGCUGUGGCUGCGGGACGCCUUCUUCAGUCCCUGGAGGCUCCUGGGGGAAGGCGGCUUGGACCCCCUCUUGAGGGGCCUUCUCGCAAGACCAGCCAAGCUGCAGGUGCAGGACCAGCUGAUGAACGAGGAGCUGACGGAGAGGCUCUUCGUACUGGGGAACUCGGGGACCCUGGAUCUGGCAUCACUCAACCUGCAGAGGGGCCGGGACCACGGCCUGCCAGGUUACAACGAUUGGAGAGAGUUCUGCGGCUUGCCCCGACUGGAGACGCGGGCCAACUUGAGCACCGCCAUCGCCAACCGGGGCGUCGCUGACAGGUUAAUGGACUUGUACAAGCACCCUGAUAACAUUGACGUCUGGCUGGGCGGCCUGGCUGAAAACUUCCUCCCAAGGGCUCGAACGGGUCCCCUGUUUGCAUGUAUCAUUGGAAAACAAAUGAAGGCCCUGAGGGAUGGUGACCGGUUUUGGUGGGAGAACCACCACGUGUUUACCGAAGCUCAGCGGCGUGAGCUGGAGCGCCAUUCUCUGUCCCGUGUCAUCUGCGACAACACCGGCCUCCCCCGCGUGCCAGCCGACGCCUUCCGCGUUGGAAGCUUCCCCCAGGACUUCGAGUCGUGUGAGAACAUCCCAGGCAUGAACCUGGAAGUGUGGAGGGAGGCCUUUCCUCAAGAGGACGUGUGCAGCUUCCCAGACAGAGUGGAUGACGGGGACUUCGUGCUCUGCGAGGAGUCUGGACAACGUGUGCUAGUGUAUUCCUGCCAUCACGGAUUUGAGCUUCAAGGCCAAGAGCACAUCACUUGCACCCCCCAAGGGUGGGAUUUCCAGCCCCCCGUGUGUAAAGACAUUAACGAGUGCCAAGAUGUGAGGCACCCUCCCUGCCACCCGUCAGCCCGCUGCAAGAACACCAAGGGCGGCUUCCGGUGUGAGUGCACGGACCCCUACGUGCUGGGAGAAGACGGAAGAACCUGUGUAGACUCCGGGAGGCUCCCGAAGGCGUCCUUGGUCUCCCUGGUGCUGGGCGCCCUGCUUGUCGGAGGCCUGGCUGGUCUCACCUGGAUGGUGAUCUGCAGGUGGUAA